CCUUAAUAACCUUUUAGCUUCUAGUCCCUAUUUCGUGACGUCGCACUGGGGGAACGAGUGUGAUAAGUUGGUGAUAUUCAUCGCCACCGGAUCCAGCACUAUCACUUGACUCCGACUAGUUAUUUACUAGUAGUAUAUUGCUAAAUCUUAUUUACCUCGGUGGCUAAAUUUCAUCAUACUUCAACAUAUUCUUCACAUAAACACGGACUUAAACACGGACUUAAACAAAAACACAGUACAAAAGAGACUUGAGGAAAUCUCUAGCUAGAAAGGAGAGAAGAAGAGAAAUGUCGGCGGUUCUCGACUUCAAUGCUGCGCGGGUGGACGCGCAGAUGGCCGAAUUGCUAGAGUCCUUUGAAAGCCACCCAUUGAUGCAACCACCCGACACCCACCCAACACUCUUCUUCCUCUUCGAUUUCAUCCGCAAUACGCACCGACAGCUGAAAACCAUCGACAUUGAGAAACUGAGCGCCGGCGAUGACGAGGCCAAGAAUCAGGUCACCGAGGUGAUCGGCCGCAACCAUUUCGCAAAUGUCUUGAUCAAUGAUACAACGGGGAAAUUGGCGAUGUUGACAGGAGGGGAUCCCAGCAAUCCCGUCGAUUUCGGGCCAGAGAUUAAACGGAAAGCGGAGGCCUUGAGUCAGGAUUGAAUUUACUAGUUAUCGUUUAAUUACUGUGUCUGUCAUGUUCGGUUUGUGCUUUGAAGGUCUGGGAUCAUGGAGGAGAUAAUUGUUUGGCUGAUAUGUAGGACGAACUGUCAUUCGACGACUAAAGCCAUGGCACUACGGUUGAUUUGUUAAUAAAUUGAUAUCAUGUCUUUCAUAUACCAGCGUUUUAAUUAAUUACUACGGGGUCUACAUCUU